UUGUUGUUGUUCAUUUCCACCUCUCUCGUCUCUCUUUUUCCCUCUUCUUGUCUCUUUUCCCUCUUUCUUCUCUCGUCUCUUUUCUUUCCCUUCCCUUUGCCUUGGUUGCUGCUCUCUCUUUUUUUUCCCUUUUUCUCUCUUUUCUUAUCCUGGUCGUGCAUGCAGCAGCAGCAUUCUUGACCGAAUAAUUAUAUCCACUUCACUAAUUGCACCCUCCCUCCCUUCAUUUCUUUAUUUCUCCACUCCACACCGCUCCAUUUCUCUGUCUCUCUCCUCCCCCCACAGCCACUCUCUCUCUUCUCUCUUCUCCACUCCACCUUUCCUCACUCACUCACUCACUCUUUCUCUCUCUCCUCUUCAUCUACUUCCACUUCCUUUCAAAAGCACAGCAACUCCCUUUUCCUCCUCCUCUUUGCCUCUUUGCCUCUUUGCCACACCUUAACCCCCACUCCCCUCCUUCUCUCUCCACACUCCCCUCCUUUCUACAGAGCCAUACAAAUGAACGCGGCUGAAGCAUCCACAAACAGCCUGCUGGAGCUGUACCAGGAGCACAUCCAGCAGGUCACAGAGCUGCAGCACCUCGUCCAGCAGCAGUACCCGCCCCACCACCCCUCCCACCACAUCGCCACCAACUACCUCAACGACCGCAUCACCCUCUUCCGCUUCCUCAAGAAGGCCAACUACGCCCUCCCUGAGGCCUACAACCUCGUCGACGCCAACGUCGCCUGGAGGAUAGCUGCAGAAUGCGACCAUAUCUCCCCCAGAGAUAUGGAGGACAACCCCCUCUGGAUCAACGGACUCGUCCAGUUGCGCGGCCAGGACCGCUACGGUCAUCCUGUCAUCACCAUCCGCCUCCGCAAAUAUGUCCCCGCCCCUCAGCAGGAGUAUUCCGACACGGGAGAGGCCGAAGAGAACGACCGAUUCCUGGAAUACAAGCGCUACAUCAUUUUCGUCCUCGAAUGCACCCGCAAGCUCCUCUGGGAGUCUAGCCGUCGUCAGCCCCCAGAGGACCAUUCGCUCCAGGCAUCGCUGAUUCUCGAUCUCCAGGGUGCCUCGGUAUCCGAUUUGGAUCAUCAGAUGAUCUCUUACACCAUCGAUUUGCUCAAGCACCGUUACCCCAGCUGCUUUGCUCAAGUUUACGUGCUCAACUACAGCUGGGUCUUUGGCGGAAUCUGGCAGAUGCUCAAGCGUGCUCUUCCAGAAACUGCUCGCGCACGGGUCUCGUUCCCGUCCUCGGUUAAUGAGCUCCACGACCAUUUCGACCUCCAAGAACUCUCUACCGACUUUGGCGGCACUGAUGCGUACGAGUACGAUCCAGAGACCUGUGAGAUCUUUCAUUACUUUGGUUAUCCAAUGCUCAGUCUCCAGUCCGGAACCCCGACCUCAUCUCUCAGCCGGGUCAAUUCAUGCGACUCGAUCUAUUUCGAUGCCAUCUCGACUCCACUCCACAGUCCCGGAUUACGACCCCACGACGGCCUUAAUUUCUUGUCAAUGACACCGAUGAUGCCCAUGGCCCCACCCUCGUCCGGCAACAAUAGUCAUUUGAAUAACAAUAAUAUGUUAGUGCGACCUAAUCUUCUCAGGACCCGCUCCAACUCGAUCCCACUCAUCGACCUGAACAACACUACAUCCGCAGGCAACAACAACCCUCAUCAGCGCCAUCAUACCUCUGGCGGCAACCACAGCCACCACAGCCACAAAUCGACACCGCUGAAGGCUUCACUGCUAAAGCAUUCCAAGUCCUCUGCUAACAUCCCGUCCUUCAUGAUCACACCCUCGAUCGAGUCGGACCUGCCGACACAGUACCCGCUAUCCCGCAAGGACCGGACAUGGAUCGGUCGCGAUUCUGGAAGUGACCCCAAGAACCCACGCGGGGGUCGGUUUUAUCGAUUGAUUCUUCGUCCAAAUUCGAUCUUCAUGAAGAUUGCGGCCAGACAGCAGGGAAUGCGAAACAAGGUUGUGAAGGUUGUGAAGACAUGUGCAGACAAGAUGAUGCGCACGGAUAUGAAGACGUUGUUGUAUUGGGUGAUGGCGUUGAUUAUGUUGAGAGGCGAGGUCUGGCAGCUUAUUGCGGCGACGGCGGUCAAGGUCUUGACGGUCGUUGGCGAUGGUGAUGAGCUCUUGCUUUGAGCCUGAGAGGAGUAGCUUGCUAUUUUCUUUCAUUGUACCAUAGUUUCUUUUUCUUUCUUCUCUCUCCCUCCUAUUGUUGAGCAGAGCAGAUUUAUAUCGCAUCUGCACGUUCUUGUAUUUGUAGCCUUGGCUCGCUGUAAAUAGAAGUGGAUAAUUAAAACUUGUAUGCCGUUGACCUGUCGCAAUGUU